CCGAAGGUACCAGUUUGCGGUCGGGAAUCGGUCGAGACAGACGCCGCCGGUACAGAGCGCUGUAGGAUCGUGCACAUUACAACAGACAGUCUGCUGCUGCUACUGCUGCUCUCUGUCAUCUGUCGUCGAAGGUGCAAUUGCGCUUUUCUGUGUGGGAUUUUCGAUAGUGUCCGGUGGUGGUCAUCCCUUCCCAUCGGUGCUCGCAGUAUCGCCACGUGUGCUGCAGCCGCAAUCGCAAACGCAAUCCAGACUCGCGCAAAAGGAAGAAAAGCACGUUCCCGUUGCGUCUGAAGCUCAGUUGCGCGCGGACAGUUCUGUUGCAGUCCCACUCCAAACCGGUCGUUAAAAGCAUCCUUUUUGUGAACUCUGAAACCGAAAUCGUGCCUGCAAAUAACGAUCAGUGAGAGCUCGGCGCUAAGUGAAACAAGGGUUGGAAAGUGAAACAUUACCAUCGCUUAAAAAGGUGUUCAUCAUGCAGUUGUCGAUUGGAUCGAGGUGCUGCUGGUCUGUUUCCUCACUGCUGUUCGCGCUGCUGCUAAGCGGCGGCCGGUACGACGGUGCGGACGGGCAUCGGUUCGGCUACUCGAAACCGGACCAGCGGCGUUGGUCCAAAGCGCACCAAAGCUGCGCCGGCGCGCAUCAGUCACCGAUCGCGAUCCAUAGCCAUCGGGCCGUCCCGCUGUACAUGCCGGCGAUCGAGCUGGUCGGAUACAACAAUCUCCUUCCGGGCCCGAUGACCAUCCACAACAAUGGCCAUUCCGUGUCCCUCUCGAUUCCGAAAACGGACCCAGCGAUCGGCAAGCAUCCGUACAUCUUUGGCGGCAAGCUGGAGAACGAGUACGAGCUGGAAGGGCUACACUUUCACUGGGGCGACAAAAACAACCGUGGCGCAGAGCACGUACUCAACGAUAUCAGGUAUCCGCUCGAGAUGCACAUCAUACAUCGGAACAAAAAGUACAAAUCCGUCGGCGAGGCGCUGGGCUAUUCCGACGGUCUUACGGUGCUGGGCUUUUUCUACCAGGUCACCGAGCAGGACGCACCCAGCAUCAACACACUGGUGCGCUCGUUCGGCCAGAUCGUCGACUACGACCAUACGCUCCAGCUGAACCACACCUUCACCCUGCAGUCGCUGAUCGACGGGAUCGAUCUGACGCGCUUCUACACGUACAAGGGUUCGCUCACGACGCCGCCCUGCUCCGAGGCGGUCACGUGGGUCGUCUUUCCCGAUCUGCUCGAGCUUUCCGUCAACCAGAUGAAGCGGUUUCGUACGCUCGACACUGGCAUUCACGGUUCGCCCAUGGUUGAUAACUAUCGGGCGCUGCAACCGAUCGGCAAUCGGCGCGUUUUCGUGCGCAAGGUAAACUCACGCUACACCGGGCUGGACGUGUUUGAAGGCAGACACCACAGCAAAUGGGACUGGGUGUACUAGGGCGGGGGAUUGCUACCGCCCGGUGCCCGAACUUUUGGUUAGACGUCGCGAUGACCUAUUCGUUCGUGGCUGAAAAAUACCCGCAAAUCCAUUACACAACACCCCAUGUGCCAUCGUCCCGGACUAUCGUUGAGAAGGGGACAUCGCGAGAAUAAAACCACGCGCUAAGAAACUACA